CUUCACCUAGUUCUAAUGACCCAUUCGACUCUCUGCUGGAAUGAGGUUAAGAUCAAGGUAACUCUUUCAAGAUACCGAGAAAAACCAAAUUGCACGAUGUUUUCUAUUAGGGAUCCUGUGCCUACUCUCGGCUCUCACAGCUCCUUGCCAUUCUCUCAACUGUACAGAAUGCAUGUCAACAAACGCCACAUCCUGCACAGGUUUUGCCGUCAGCUGCCCUGAUCGCUAUGUGUGUGCAACCUCAUAUACAGAAUCCACUGCAGGUGGAUCAAACUCUACAAGGUACAUCCGCCUCAUGUGCACCUUUAAGUGUCUGUAAUAAAGUCGGAAGCAUUAGUAGUACUUAUGGUAACGUAAAGACAUCCACCUCAUGUUGCUAUACAGAGAACUGCACUGCAUCCAUUCUGGCAGUACCAUCUGUCAGCUCUGAACCCAAUGGAGUGACAUGUCCGACCUGCCAGUCGUCUUCCUCCAGUUGGUGUUACGAAGAAAAGACUGUUGACUGUACCGGAGAGGAGAAAGUAUGUGCUCUUUACUCUACUGACAUAGACGGAAACAGGUCCUCCAUUAGAGGCUGUGCCAACCAAAAUAUCUGCAGCACUCAGAAAUAUACGGUCAAUGGAACAAACAUUUCUUACCAGUCUACUUGCUAUUGUGGAGGCAAUUCUAGUAACACCUAUUGCCCAGACACCAACGUAACCUGUCCUUCUGGCACCAUAUGUGCAAGAGUUCAAACUCUAAGUACUGUUGGUAGUGCAAGUUCUGAAAUAAAUAGGACCGCAUGUUUACCAAUAUACCAGUGUGGAAUCUCCAGUAGUGCCACCUUUCUCGGUGGCACAUUAAGAAUGAUGACCAUCUGUUCAACUAAUAACUGCAAUCUAAGUAAUCCAACUUGGUCAAGUCUUAAUUCAACAGUCAAUGGGGUGACAUGUCCUGCCUGUAUGUCCAGUAAUUCUGAAUGGUGUACAGCGAAGACUAUCAUGGGAUGCACUGGGAGUGAGACCGUGUGUAUGGUCCACACCGAAAAACUGUUGGGAACCCCAUCUGUCAUGCGUGGCUGUACUACUAGAAGUAACUGUUAUCUUGGCCAACUAUCUCACAGUGCUAAAGGAUCUGAAUUUGAUUUUAAGUUUAUCUGCCCUACAGGAGGCUAUAACAUCUCAUGCAUGGAGUGUAUGGACUCAACCAACUGCACAGGAAAUAGUGUCACCUGCCCUACUGGCUCUGUCUGUGCAACCUCAUAUACAGAAUCCAAUAUAGGUGGAUCAGUUUCUAACAAGACAGUCAUCAGGUCAUGUGCACCUUUAGGCCAGUGUGGCAGAAUUGGAUCUGUUAGCUCCCCUUAUGGUAACAUAAAGAUGUCUUCUUCAUGCUGUGCUUUUGACAACUGUUCUUCAUCCAUCCUGACAGUGCCAUCUGUCAGCCCUCAACCCAACGGAGUGACCUGUCCCACCUGCCAAUCAUCUUCCUCUGGCUGGUGCUAUGAUGAGCAAACCGUGGAAUGUACCGGAGAGGAAAACGUGUGCGUUCUCUAUUCUACAAACAUAAAUGGGAGCUUGUCAUCGGUUCGAGGAUGUGCCAGACGUACAUGUGGAAGUGAGAGAUACAAAGUCAAUGGAACAGGAAUUACUUACACAUCUAACUGUUAUUGUGGAGGCAACGCCAGCAACACCUAUUGCCCCGACGCCAAUGUUAGCUGUCCUCAUGGCACCAUCUGUGCGAGAGUGUAUGCUGUGACCACCAUGGAUAAUACAAGCGUGGAAGUGAAUAACAGUGCGUGUUUGCCAAUCUAUCAAUGCGGCAUCUCUGGGAGUAGCACCUUUCUCAAUGGAACACAAAGGCUGGUGACCAUCUGUUCAACCAAUGGCUGCACCCUACCUGACCCCACAUUGACAGGGCCAGCCCCCAACUCGUCAUACAACGGAGCGACGUGUCCCACGUGUACGUCCAAAAAUGCAGAGUGGUGUACAGCGGAGGAUACCAUGCAAUGCAACGGGAGCGAGAGCAUUUGUUCCGUCCAUUCUGUAAAGAUGACUGGAGCUUCGGCUGUGAUUCGGGGUUGUGCUACUAGAAGCUUGUGUAGUCUGGGCCACCUAUCUCACAGCGCAGGAUCGAUAUUUGACUUUAAGUUCGUCUGUCCGAAUGGAGGCUAUAAUCUAUCAUGCUCAGAAUGUACAGACUCAACAACCUGCACAGGAAGCAAUGUCACCUGCCCUUCUGGCUCCGUCUGUGCAACCUCAUAUACCGAAUCCACUGUGGGUGGAUCAAAGUCAACAAGAUACAUCCGAUCGUGCGCACCUGCAAGUCAAUGUGAUAAAACCGGAAGCGUCAGCACGCUCAACGGGAACACCAAGAUGACUACUUCUUGUUGCGCUUUUGACAACUGCUCUUCAUCCAUCCUGCCAGUGCCAUCUGUCAGCUCUCAACCUAAUGGAGUGACCUGUCCUGCCUGCCAAUCAUCUUCCUCCGGAUGGUGCUACAUGGAGCAAACCGUACAGUGUACUGGAAAUGAGACUGUGUGUGUUCUCUAUUCUACAAACAUAAAUGGAAGCUUGUCAUCCAUUCGUGGUUGUACCCAACAAGGAACCUGUAGUAGUCAGAAAUACAGUGUCAAUGGAACAGCUAUUACGUACCAGACUACCUGCUAUUGCGGAGGCAAUUCCAGCGAUACAUAUUGCCCAGACACCAACGUAACCUGCCCUAGUGGCACCAUCUGUGCAAGGGUUCAUGCUCUAUCUACUAUGGGUAAUACAAGUGUUGAAAUAAAUAACAGUACAUGUCUGCCGAUACAUCAAUGUGGAAUCCCUGGAAGUGCAAGCUCUUUGAAUGGAACGUUAAGACUGGUGACCAUCUGCUCUACCAACACUUGUAAUCUACCGGAACCCGUAUUGACAGGACCAAGUUCCAGUUCAGGGUACAAUGGGGUGACAUGUCCAACCUGUAUGUCUGAAAAUUCUGAAUGGUGUGCCGCAAAGGAUACUACCAUGCAAUGCACCGGGAGUGAGAACGUCUGUUUAAUUUACACUUCAAAACUGUCAGGAACUCCUUCUGUCGUUCGUGGCUGUGCCACUAGAAGUAACUGUUACCUUAGCCACCUGACCCACAGUAUGACAGGAUCUGGAUCCAAUUUUGAUUUUAAGUUUAUCUGCUCCUCUAGAGGCUAUGCUUUAUCAUGCGCGGAAUGUAUGGACACAACAAACUGCUCAGGAAACAACGUUACCUGCCCUUCUGGAUAUGUGUGUGCAACCUCAUAUACAGAAUCCACUAUGGGUGAUUCGAAGUCAACAAGGUACAUCCGCUCAUGUUUACCUUCAAGCCAGUGUGACAGAACGGGGAGCAUCAGCAUACUUGAUGGUAACACCAAGAUGUCCUCUUCGUGUUGUGCUUUUGACAGCUGUUCUCCAUCCAUUCUUCCAGUGCCACCGGUCAGCCCUCAACCCAACGGAGUGACCUGUCCUACCUGCCAAUUGUCUACUUCUGCCUGGUGUUACAACAUGCAAACAGUGAACUGUUCUGGAGAGGAGACUGUGUGCGCUCUCUAUUCUACUACCAUAGGGGGAAAAGCGUCAUCUGUUCGAGGUUGUGCCCGACAAAGUACCUGCGGCAGUCAGAAAUACAGUGUCAAUGGAACGGCGAUUAGCUACCAGUCUACCUGCUAUUGUGGAGGCAAUCUCAGCAAUACCUAUUGCCCAGACACCAAUGUAACCUGUCCUAGCGGUACCAUCUGUGCAAGAGUUCGCGCUCAGACCACUGCGGGUAAUGCAACUAUUGAUAUAUCUAAAUCUACAUGUUUGCCAAUAUACCAGUGUGGAAUGCCUGGCAGUGCCAGUUUUCUCAAUGGCAACCUAAGGCUGGUGACCAUCUGUUCAACUGAUAACUGCAAUCUACAAGAUCCGGCAUUGACAGGCACCACUUCAAAUGACAAUGGGGUGACAUGUCCCACCUGUACGUCUAAAAAUUCUGAUUGGUGUGAAGCCAAAGACUCCAUGCAAUGCAAGGGGAGUGAGAGCAUAUGUUUGCUCCACACUGCACAACUGCCAGGAACCUCGUAUGUCUUUCGUGGCUGUGCCACAAGAAGUACCUGUUAUCUUGGCCGACUGCUUGACAGCCUAAGUGGAUCAGAAUUUGAUUUUAAGUUUAUCUGUUCCAUUGGAGGUUAUAAUUUGUCAUGCAUAGAAUGUAUGAACACUACGGACUCAAACUGCAUGGGUAAAAGUUCCACUUGCUCUCCCGGCUACGUGUGUGCAACCUCAUAUACAGAAUCCACUGUCAGUGGAUCAAAGUCAACAAGAUACAUCCGAUCGUGUGCGCCUCAAAACCAAUGUGACAUAGCUGGAAGCGCUAGCUCUUUUAAUGACAACAUCAAGACAUCCACUUCAUGUUGUGCUUUUGACAACUGUUCUUCAUCCAUUCUGUCAGUAUCAUCAACUGGCCUUCAGCCCAACGGUGUGACCUGUUCAGCAUGCCAGAAUCCUUCCUCCAGUUGGUGUUACAAUCAGCAAACUAUGCAAUGCACAGGAGAGGAAAAUGUGUGCGCUCUCUAUACUACAAAUAUAGCUGGAAAAGUGUCAGCAGUUCGAGGGUGUGCACGACAAAGCAUCUGCAGCAAUCAAGAAUACAGUGUCAAUGGAAUGAUGGUGGUUUACCAGCCAAACUGCUACUGUGGAGGCAAUGCCAGCAGCACCUAUUGCCCAGGAACAAAUGUAAGCUGCCCUAGUGGCUCCAUAUGUAGCACUGUCCAUGCCCUAACAACGAUGGGUGAUGCCAGCUAUGAAAGAUAUACCGACACGUGUUCACCUAUAUACCAGUGUGGCAUCGCUGGUAGUGCAACCUUCCUCAAAGGCACAAUGAAGCUGGUGACCCUCUGUUCCACCAACAACUGCAACCUACCUAAUGCUGAAUUUUCAGCAGACAAUUCAACCCAAAAUGGAAUGAAGUGUCAAAACUGCAUGGCGCAAGACACCGACUGCCUCACUACAGAGAGAGUGCAAUGUACAGGGAACGAGGACUCGUGUUUCCUCCAGACUUCAGGUCUAACAGAAACGACAUCUGCGAAGACCGCCAUUAGAGGCUGCAGCACCAGAAACAUCUGCGAACUUGGCGCCCAGACUUACAACGCACUCGGGAUCGCAUCCAACGUGAAAUACGUUUGCUCCAGCGGGAGAAAACAUUUCCCUACAAGUUUCUUCACUAUGUUUGUCUUGUGCGCUUCAACCCUGAAGUAUUUGUUUUAGAGCCUUUGUGUUAUUGCCAAAAAAGAUGCUCAGAACUCGAGAAAACCAAGGGCCCUCUUGUAUCUGGACCCCCAACCGAGAAUAUGGACACCGAAAAUGUGCUUCCUAACAGAUGACAAGGAUUUCAAAAACUUUUUAUCUCUUGGGGACCUCAAAAUCUCACACACGGGACGCCGGUUUGGGAUUAUGAAAAAAAGUGAAACAUUUAUUUAUUUGUGAACAUUAUCUUACGGUUCAACUUGCGCUUGUAAAAAAAAAAACAACGAUGGCGGUUCUUGCUGCAGAAGCGUUGGCACAGUGUGGGGCUGCUGAUUUUGACAUGGGGGGGGUAUCAAGUCCGCGGGACCCACGGUCGGACUCACGGAGCUCACGGCGGGCACGCGUGUGCCCUAGUGUUGCCACCUUUUCUUUAAGCCAAACCCGAACACUUUGGCUGAAUCCCGGACAGGUGGCAACCCUAGUGAGCCCACAGUGCCGCAUCUUAAAGAGGACUUACCUGUACACCCAUUUGCCCAGCCAUGCCAUUGUAUCGACGUAUAUCGUCGUGUGCUCGUCGGCAAGCGGCUAAAGAACAUCUGGCAGUAUUCUGCACUCUAGAGUGCCAAUCCCAGACCACUGGCAGUAUGCACAUUUUUACUUUUUGAAAAGUUGCCACCAAGGAGUGCCCCUGGGUUGAGCAGUCUUGCAUUGAAUUGUUUCCUAUGAAGCACACAAUCUACGUAGAGUUUGUAUGUUAUUCCAGGUUUACUUGUUUUCUUAUUUUGGCCCCAUCAUGUGAAUGUGAAUGACCACCCUAGGGCAGUGUCCUCUUAAUAGCAUCAUGGGCCCCUGGGCAAAGUAAUUCGCUGGGGCGCCAAUGAGUCUGCAUCAGGACCCCCUUACAUCAUGUUUCCCUAUCACUGUAAUCAUAUACAUCAGAUGUCCCCAUACAUCAGGUUCCCCCAUCACAGUUUUCUUCCUCUCUCUCAUGUGCUGAGACUGAGGUGAGUUCUCAGUCUCAGUGCCUGCUCUCUUCCACCCCCUACAGGAGGAAGGAGAAAGCUGAAUCCUCUCUCAAGCAGAAGCCAGCCAUGUGCCCCCUCUGACAGGAGUGACAUUACAGCUACUCCUGUCAAAGAGUACACAGCACCCGCACCUUUUCCAUGCCCUGAUCAUGUGCCCCCCAUGCACCUGGGGCCCCUGGACAGUGCCCAAGUGUGCCCAUGCAUUAAGACAGCCCUGCCCUAGGGGCAUUAGAGUGUACAGGAUGCUCCUUUGAGGGUAGGGACUGAUAAGAAUUGUUACAUUUUCCUUAAAGAAAUGUUUUCCAUGUUAUCUAAAUGAGUAAUAAUGGAAAUGAUAAGCUUA